AUGGAGAAUGAUGACCAAGAGAAGGCCGAGAGGAAUGACGAUUUCGAGACGGAGCACAAUUCUCCCUUAGGCGAAAAGUCUACACAAUGUCUAGAAAACUCUGCACCUGUCCACACAUACCUCGACCGCGAUGAGAUUAACAGUCUCCGGGAUGAGCAUAAAUAUUAUCUUCUAAACCACUACGGAACCCUAGACUUGGAUCCCAUCCCAGAUUUGAAUGAUGCCGACCCAUACAAUUGGCCAAACUCGAAGAAAUUGGCCAACCUCGUCCUGAUUGCUUUUCACGCCAUAAUGGCACCUUUUACCGCUGCUUCAAUCCAAUCUGCGUUCGAAAGCGUUGGCGCGGAUCUCCAUGUCAGUCUUCAACGUACACCAUAUCUAACCUCCCUUCAGAUCGUAAUUCUUGGCGGCGCUCCGCUUCUAUGGAGACCAUUGUCCAAUCGAUUUGGGCGACGUCCUAUUUUCCUCGUCUCCCUUAUCUGCAGCCUUGUUGGCAAUGUUGGUUGCGCAAACAGCCACUCAUAUGCUACCAUGGCCCUGUGUCGUGCUAUCGUUGCCUUCUUCAUCUGUCCUCCCGCUGCGAUCGGUAGUGUCGUCGUCACGGAGACGUUUUUCAAGAGGGAUCCAGCACGAUACAUGGGCAUCUGGACUCUCCUGACUACAAUUGAUGUGCCGGUCUCGCCGUUCAUCUUUGGUUCUGUUGCACAAAGGGUGAACUAUAGAGGGAUCUUCUAUGUGUUGGCUAUUAAUCAUCGCAACCUCUUUGCGCAAGCUCUUUUGUGUCCCCUUGCGGAUGUCCUUCCUCCAGGUGUGAACCAACAACAGUUUGAUCGCGCGUUCGACGAGUUUGAAGAUGCGGUGGGGAAGGAGAAUUCCUUUCGAGGUCAAGCAUUGGAAGAGUAUGUAGAUCCGUACGAGCUAUGGGAGGAAGAGGGGAAAAGGAAAAUGCCGAGUGCGGCGGUAUGCCCUUCUUCGAUGGAUGAGCUCCGAGCGGCCCUUAAAGUCGCCAAUAAGUUCAGUAUUCCUGUCUGGACUUUCUCGCGAGGAAAGAACUUGGGAUAUGGCGGACCAGCUCCAAGACUUAAUGGGUCGGUUGCACUUGACCUACAUCGCAUGAACAAGAUAAUCGAGGUCAAUGACGAAUUUUCUUACGCGGUUGUCGAGCCUGGGGUCACCUUUACUGACCUGUACCUCUACUGUGUCGAGCACAAACUCCGGGUCUGGCCAAAGAUACUGACAUUCCAACGGACUGUGGACCGGGGCACUGGCUUCACACCAACAGCGACACACCAUCAACACAUCAGUGGCAUGGAGAUCAUGCUUGCGGACGGCGACCUUGUGCGGACAGGGCAAUUUGCGAUAUCUAAUUCACCGUCAGCACAUUUAUCGAAAUUUAGCUUCGGCCCGUCCAUCGAAGGUUUGUUUCUGCAGAGCAAUCUAGGCAUCGUCACCAAGAUGGGAAUAUGGCUUCAUCCACAACCGCAAGCCUACAUGUCUUGCACGUUUGACAUGCCCAAUUUCGAAGAUGUGGAAGUCAUCGUUGAUAUAUUUGGAUCAUUACGGAGAGAUGGACUAUUGCCGAACACAGUAUACGUCUCUAAUAUUGUGGAAUGGUUGGGUAUGACUGGCAAACGUGCUGAGUUGUGGCCACAAGAAGGUCCGAUUCCUGACUGGCGGCUCUGCGAACUUCAGAAACAACUGGGCUUCGGAUAUUGGAACGUCAAAUUUGGUUUGUAUGGCGCAAAGGGGGUAGUACAAUCUCACUUUGAUGAACUGAAGAGGAUAAUCGGACAAAAAGCGCCUGGCUCGGUGCACCGUCUUCAAGGUCACCUCUUCUCUGCGGAGGACGGUAAGCUUCUGGAAGCAACAUCUAUCCCGGAUCCACAUGGUGGCUUCUUUGUUGGAGUGCCCAGUCUGUGGAGCCUACCAAUGACGAGAUACAGACUGCCGAAAGAAAAGUUCGGCAUCGGCGCCCAUGCGGACUAUUCUCCCAUCAUUCCUUCUGAUGGAAAAAAGGUUCUUGAGUGGGUGAAAACUGCUCGAGGCAUUUGUGAAGGUCAGGGAUUUGACCUCUUCUGCGACUUCUUCAUGCAUGAACGACAUCUUAUUUUCGUCAAUAUGAUGGUCUUCGACAAGGCAAAUCCAGGCCAUCGCAAAGCCGUUGACACCAUCUUCCGAGAUCUAUAUAAAGAAGGCCGCCAGAGGGGUUUCAGUAAAUAUCGGUCUCAUAUCAAUUACAUGGAUCUGGUUGCGGACGCGUAUGACUUCAACGACCAUGCGUACCGGAGAUUUGUAGAGAGGUUGAAGGAUACGGUUGAUCCAAAUGGAAUUCUCUCUCCAGGGAAGCAAGGGAUAUGGCCUGCAAAGUAUCGUCACUACAGAGAAAAGCUGUGA